ACGCCUCUAAUUGCAAAAGAAAAAUGCCUGGCUUUCGCGAGCUGUUGAGGGAACAUGGAUUGAACGAAGUCUACAAAGUAACAGAGUCUCUCGCCGGGCGAUACUUGGUGUUUAUGAGAGUGACAGGAGACAAAUGGGUACUUUGUGUAAGCAAUGGCUGUGAUGUGUGGAAGACGGAACUCAACAAAGAAGAACUUGAGGCAGAAAGAGAUGUUGCAGAUUUUAAGUCCUUAGAGGAAUACUUGACCAGGUUUAGCCAAUCAUUCCAAAGGGGAGAGAUGACAGUCAGUUGUAUGGGGAAGAAAGCAACACUGGAAGUUGGACUAGGAAUCAGCAGUUUAAGUCUCGACCUUUAUGAAGCAAGUGCCGCAGAGAGAAAAGAAGAAAUACAAACAUUACUAUUUUUUUUAGCCAGUACGGCACAUAGUUUAGAAAUUGAGCUGAAAAAGUCCAAAGAUAUGGUUGAGGGUCUUCAGCAUCAGAUUGGCAAAGCAUCAAAUAGCAAUACAGCAUUUGUCGAUUUGGACAAGAAACGAGGUAGUCAGACCAAGGCUAAACCAAAGCAACCUGGAAUGAGUGUAAUCAAUCCAUCAAGUAAGAAAAGGAAGGCAGCACAAGGUGUUGUGUUUGAUUAAACAAUUAAUGAAUCCACCAAACCAGAGGAGCAAGCGCGGAACUUUUAUAACAGUGCUCAUUAAUAUUAAUAAUAUUGACUGUUAUAUUGUUAGAAUCGAUUACAAUUUUGCAGCUUGAUUUUUUCUUUAAAUGAACCAUCUAUUUUUUUUCCUUUAAAAAAUCCCAUUUUUAAAGAUCCUAUACAUCUUUUUGCAACUGGAUACC